AUGAAUAUCGGCGAAAAAUACGAAAAGGACAUUCCGAAACGAUUGCAAAAUGAUACGAUAUUUGCGGAAAAAGUUACCCUCACCCGGCAGUGUUCAGCUGUGUACGUUAUAACAGCCGAAAAACGUUUGUUUGAGGUUCGGGCGCGUUCGAUUUUGAGUGAGGUGCCGCUUGUCGCGAGCUCAACCGCAACAAAAAACUACAACGAUCCGAUAGUAAACAAUUCCCGGUUGUUUAACGAUACCCCGUACGAUAUGGAUACGUCCCCGGUUAUAGAUUACCACCAGCCCCGCACGAUUCGCAUCAAACUGUUUCGUGCAAAUGAUGGAACCAAGCGAAAGCUUUUUAUUCUUGUUCAGCUGGAUCGAACGUUGGUUGUGGUCGAGCGACGGGUUGUCGAUGGUUGCGAUGGUAACGCGUUGUUGGUGGUUCAUUCGCGGUUCGAAGAGUUCCGUCAGCUUGAGUUGGUAGAAAACAGCCAGCGGCCAGGAAGUUGUGCAGUUCGGAUCGAUUUGGAAGAUCGGGAAGACCCGAUAGUGACUGACUUCCUGAAUGGGGGAACCUUCGGUCGUGCAGGAUCGUCUUCCCUAGAGGACAAUUUUACCUGCUUUGAUGAGGUGCUAAAAAUGUUGCGUGAACAGACGGCCGAAAGGAAGGCGCAGCUAGAAACGUCCCGCUUGACCGUAAGCGAAAUUUUUAACGGGCUAAACGAGCGGAUGAAAAUGGUCCCACCGCUGCUACGAUCGUCCAAUCCGGAAGAAAAGAUCCCUUUGGUACGUUACGGUGAUGUGUGGAAAAAGAUCCACAACGAUCGUUUGCUAAUCGGUGUUCCACUGUACAACUGCACUUAUAAGCGACGAUUAACCCUAAUUAAUCUUCGAUUGAUAUUAUUGACCGAAAAUAAUGAGGCCACAGCUUUCGCCACCCGAUUCUUUCGACUCCGGGAUGAUGACUACGACUUUAAAUCCUAUCACGAAAUUAUGGAAAUGGAAGAUACAUUCCAAAACGAGCUUACCUUCCACCAGGAGUGGGUUGCCGAAAAGAAAAAUGUUCUUUAUUCGGAAGAAUCCGCCAUUUUCCUAGCAAUCUGUGAUCUGUCCUCGCUGAUUCCACUUGGUCGUGGAUUUGAAUUUUCCUGUUUCGUCACUUACAACAUUGAAACGUUCAGUACGGAUUGUGACGAUAUACAACUAAACGUGGGUACGGUGGAGCUUCUUCAGCAACAACUGUGCAGCCCUGAGCUGUGGGUCCAGUUCCGCACCGUGUCCGAAAUAGGCCGUGAUUUGCUCGCCGUAACGUCCACGUCCGAUUUUCUUUCGCUGGAAGUUCGAUACAAGCGUGAACCUACCGUCGCAAUGAAGGAGUUCUGUGUCGGUAGAUUAGGUUUUGUGGAAGUGAUAUCGACCGCCGUAAAUCAAACUGUGCUAUACUGUGCUGAUAACACGUACUGGCAGGGUACGAUGAUAAGAUUGGAUCGGAUGGAGGAGAAACUUUUGCGGAUGAAAUUAUACAGCAGAUAUUCACAUCAAAUAUUAACGCUACUACAAUCGAUAUACGCCGAUUACGAGGAGACUUGUUCGAUUGAUUUGUGUUCAACCGCCCAGAAUACAACAGUUCAAGAACUUAAGCAACGUCUUUUGGAUGAACUGCAGAGCAAAAUAGAACAACCAUCCGAGAGAAGCGUAUGCAUGCAAAAGGAAUUCUGCACCGAUAAAGUUUAUUGUUCGUUAGACAUGCGAAAACCACGGGAUAGUUAG